GCGGUAUUUCCGUGUUCCUGUUACUCCCAUCACAGCUCUGGGUCCAAGAUGGCAGCUACGGGACAGAGAUGAUCUACGACACGAAUCUACUAGUUUGUCACGAAACCACAUUUGAAUGUGUAGCCAUUACACGCGUGGUUUGGAUGGUACAAUGAUAUGAUUCGUCCUUGCACAUGUGCCGUCUUACGGAGACAAUCAUAGGGUUCAGAAUUAUCAUGUUUUCCUGUGGGCUAAGCUAGUAAGCAACGCUUAGCAAAUAAAUGAACGUGUCUCUUCUGCCUCACGAGAAGAAAGAAGCUGCUCUGCCAACGACACACUAUAACUUUCAUCAUGGCCAUCACACAGUUCCGCCUCUUCAAGAUCUGCCACUGUUUAGCCAGCUUACUGACUUUCUUCAAAAGGUUGAUAUGCAGGAGUGGAAGGGGGCGCAAGCUCAGUGGUGAUCAAAUAACUCUCCCAACAACAGUGGAUUUUUCAUCCUCAGUACCAAAACAGCCAGAGAUUGAAGAAUGGAGCUCUUGGGAUGAAGAUGCGCCUACAAGUAUUAAGAUUGAAGGUGGAAAUGGAAAUGUUUCCCCGACACCCAAUGAUGGCGAUGAAGAGCCGGACUACUUCAAAGACAUGGCUCCCACCAUCAGGAAAACACAGAAGAUCUUGCUGAAGAAAAGGGAGCCUCUAAACUACCUGGUGCCUGAUGGCUCAGCAGGAUUCUCCAGCAGACUGGCAGCCUCUCAGGAUAUGAUGACCUUCAGUCCACCCUCAACGGAGCUUGGAGAAAUGGAUACUUGGCAGGAGGACACAAACGCUUGGGAGGAAGAGUCUGAUGCUACCUGGGAGGCAGAGGAGGUGCUCAGACAACAAAAGAUGGCAGACAGAGAAAAGCGAUCCAUGGAGCAGCAAAGGAAGAAGAUGGAGAAAGACGCUCAGAGAAUGAUGAAAAAGGAGCAGAAGAUUGCCGUGAAGCUCUCAUAACAUUUUAGAAAUGCUCAGCUUUGAGCCAAAGGGUGAAGCAGCGCAUAAGACACUGAAUCAGUCAUUAAUCUAUCUUUAAACCCAACCAAUCAGGACUCUCAUUGUACACUACUGUACAUGUCAAUACCCUCUUCCAAACCCAGUUCCACCAGCAGCCAUUUUAGUCUUCAGAAGUGUAAGAUACAUGGCUCUUCAUUCUACAGUGCAGAAAUUACAUCUGUGAUACUCGCUGCUCUUGAAGAAGGUAUUUUUGGUUUACGGGAGAGGUGUGUUUAUAUGAUCCACUUCAUUACAGCUUAAAGGUUAGACGCAGCAUUAGAAGAAAUGUUUUUUUCUUUGGUUUUUCCCUGGAACAUUUGUAAAUAAACUGGUACCUGUGUACCCUUUGAACCUAAAGUAGGGAGUACAAUUCCUUCUCUAUGUCUUGAUCAUAACUUCAAAAGGACAAAGGUGUGUAAUUAAUUUUAAGCAUCACUGUAUACCAGUGACAUCCCUUGGUUGGCUUAAUUAUUGUGUUUUGUUUUUAUAUUUAUGUCUGUCAUUUUUUUUUUCUAAUUAAUGUUUAAUAUUUAAUCUGAUCUCCCUCCGCUGUGCAGCCAUGACAACACUGGAAAACUGCAUUGGGUAUAGAUUUGCAAUAUGAGUAUUGUCAAACGACCACAGACUAGAAUCUAGCCCAUAUUAUGAUGAGGGUUCCUAUGGUAAUCUCAUGGCUACUGAUUUUCAAUUAAUUCUCCUCAAUUGUAAGCUUUUGAUAUCGAAGACGUCCACUGGUCGCUGUAUUGAAAGGGAAUGUUGCUCUUAAGUUAUUGAACACGCCUCACAUUUUAAUCUCAGACCCCGAUGAACCGGGAGUUACACAUUUGCUUCUUUUCAUUUGAGAGUGCAAGACUAAAAUUUGGAGAAAAAAAAUUGAUACCACUGCUGAUAGAAAAGCUGUUGUCAUGGCAACAACAGCAGAUGGAAGAAGGCCUUUAUGAAUUAAAAUGUGCAUACAUGAUGGAGUAUGUCUGUGUCUCAUGACUUGAAAUGAGCUGAGGGAGAUAAAUCUCCAUACUGAAUCUCUUGCUCAGAGAACGCUCUGCAAGCAGUGUGAUGUCAUGCUUGUACUGAGUCGAUGUCAUCUAUCAAAUGAUUUAUUGAUCCACUCAGAGGUGCUGAUUAUGUCCAUACAUAGCCGAUUCAUGUGUGAUCUGGUUUAACUGAAAGCAGGGAUUUAUUUUAAGAGAAUUCAGCAAACUGUGUGGAUCUGUAUUUACUUAAAAAAAAGGCUUUCUCCCAAAUGUUGCCAUUAAUUAAAGCUGCAUGUUCUGUUUUUCCA